GUCGACGCUAUAUACCUUUAUUGUUGAUUUCACCGUUCUCAUCACAUCAACAUGUCUGAACCCCGUGAUCCAAAUCUCUGGCAGUUGUUUAUAAAUGGGGUUGAAGGGAAGACGGUAACUGUGGAUAUCCAUAAGGAUGCAACUGUGGAUGACCUUCUUAGGAAAAUCAAGGACAAGAACAGACUACCUGUUGAAGAACAACGAGUGGUGUAUGGGUCAAAACAACUACAAGCAGGCCAAGGCAAGCACCUGUACGAUUAUUAUAUAGAAAACAACUCAACGCUGUUUGUUGUUCAACGUCUACGGGGUGGGUCGACCGAAGAGCAUGCCAAGCAGUUGGACGAAGACGUAGAGCUUACAGAUGCGCCGGACAUGAUUACUUGGGAUGAUGAUCCAGAAAACAAGCGAGCCAAGAUGCCAUGCGGCCAUGCAAUCGGGCCAGAAUCUCUUACUGCAUUUUGUAGAAGCCUGUUGACUAGUGGGAAAUUCCGUUUUCUGUGCCCCUACGUUAGCAACGAUUACACGUCGUACUGUAAUGAGGAGUGGGCGUACGUGGACGUCAGGCGAUUGGCGGUCCUCACCCCCGCAGAGAAAAAGGAAUUUGAAACUAAGAUAGCUACAAACUUCCUUCGCAAAGCUCAGGGAAUCCAAGAAUGUCCACAAUGCAAGACGCUUUGUGAGCGCAUUGACAAAAAGAAUUUACGCUGUAUAUGCGCCAUAUGCACUCAUAAACGCAGCAAAACGUUCGAAUUCUGCUGGUUUUGUUUGCAUGAAUGGAAGACUAAAGGCAGCAUUUCCAACUGCGGCAAUAGCAGCUGCAGUGGUGAAGACCCGCGUCUGAAGAUUCUCCGUACAUGCCCCAAGAAGACCAUCGUGGGCGUCCCCAAUUGUCCUUCUCGUCGUGCUUGUCCUUCAUGUGGCAUGCUGAUUGAACACGACAAAGCCUGUAAGCAUAUGGUAUGCUUCUGUGGGAAGAAAUUCUGCUUCAUCUGUCUGACAAAACCUGAUGCUAAAGGUAGUUACCAGUGUGGAUCGUACAACACUAAGUGUACUAUUGCUGCCAUCCAGACAAAGAUACCUGGCUCAGAUUAG